AAUGUAUAUUUUCAUCAAUCAAAAGACCUGAAGCGUACUCAAAUUCCACCAUCCACUGUUGCAUAUUGCUUCUAACAGUACUCAGGAAGGAAAUCAGAUAUUACAUUGACCGAGAAGGUAAGAACCAAAAUCUCAUGCUUCACUUGAGCAGGCCCCUCCAUUGCAUAUCAACUGUAUUCCAUGUGAUCCACAAGAAUACACAAGAAUCCCCCUUUUUCUUUAGCAAAACAGAGGGAAGGACCACAAUCAAUUAAAGUUUCUCGGCGGCUUAUGCGUCUCGUGCUCCUCCUUACCCCUGGCUGUUUUCCUUCGACCUCUUGGUCAAAAGGAGUCACCGACCCUCACUUUCCUCUCCCGUCUCUCCUCUGUUACACAUUUAUUAGUUCACAUUGCCACCCAGGAGACAGAAGGUUGGAGGAAAAAAAACAAAGAAGGAGAGAGAGAGAGAGAGGGAGAGAAUCCUAUCAACAACUAUCAUCUUCUAUUUCCUCUCAGCCCCCACUCUUUUUGUCCACCAACUAUACCAGAGGAAUGGAUCAAACCAGCAGGUGGAUGCUUAUCUUGUGCAACCAAAGAGAGGCCUUCAGUUUCCUCCUCUUCCUUGCUACUUCUCAUGUUCUCUUCCAUUCUUCGUUUGGUGCUACUAAGAGUACUCCCACCUUCAAACCCAUCAAACUUGAUUGCUCAGAUGAUUCGUUCAUCCAAGAUGACACAACUCGGACUAGUCUCGAGGCCCUCUUCUCCUCCCUGAGAUCCAAGGCUUUGCGUUCCAAUUCCGGCAGCGGGGCAAUUGGAAGCGGUCCUGGCGCCAUCUAUGGCUCCUUCCUCUGCCAAAGUGAUCUCUCUUAUGAAGACUGCCGGACUUGCAUCCAUAUGGCAGCCGCCAAUCUCCUUCAAAGUUGCUCCUCCUCCUCCUCCUCCGCCUCCUCACGCCGUGGUGCUAUUUGGAUAAACUGCUGCCAAUUACACUACUCGGAUCGCAAUAUCCACGGAGUUGCGGGUAUUAAUGGAUUCAACUUAGCCAGCCUCCAUGAGGAAACCAAUUCAAUGAAGCCAAGUAGCUCAAUUUCCCACUGAACAUAAGCUCCUUCAGGAACACUAGAAGGC